AUGUCCAGUCAAAACGAUGAAGUUUAUGACGUAACGGAACAACGUGAGAUUUUACGCCGUGAAGCUAAAAAAAGAUGUGAUAGCAGACAACUGUCAAGAAAUAGUAAAACUCAAACUUUGCGUGACUGCUCUAUAACUCAGUUUGCUCAAAUCGAUGAUGACAAUGUUUCUGCACUGCAACAAGUAACACGAGGUGGAGGUGGUUUAACUUUAGCAUCUCAAUGGAAGUCACAGUUUGACGAUUCCGAAGAAACAGAUAAUGAAUGGAAAGUUGAAAACUUACAGAGUCCGGAACAUAAGGGAAGCAAUUUAGUAUCUCUAUUUGGACAGGUUAUGGUACCUGAAAAAAAAGGAUGCAUAGCCUUGGAUACGUCUAAAAUAUUGGAAGCUGUUGAUAAUUUUUCUAAAACUCAAGCAGUGUCAGAAGAAAAGCAACCAAAACUACGUGAAAAAAAGUUAUUUUCAAAUAUGUUUACGACUGGAAUGAAAAAUUGCUUCUACAUUACAGAUUUGGUUAAGUAUCCUGAGUUACAAGGAAUUUUACCUAGAGCAUGGAGUCUUCCAGAAUUAGCGCCCCACAUUCGUUAUAACUUGGAAGGGCCAAUGGUUCAACUAGCUACAUUCCGAGAUUUGACAUUCAGUAUUGAUUUGAUGAGAAAUAUUGCUACACGAUCUACGAAGUAUAAAAAAAGUUCUAUUACUAAAAAAACAAGUAUGCCUAUUUUAAAUACUUUUUUUCCAAGUUUGACUGUCAAUUCAUCUAGUGUGGAUGAAGAAGAGCAAGCGAUUGCUGGCAGAUUAGAAAUACGAGUUUUUGAUGCCUCCGGUGGUACAACCAUCAUACAAACUAGGACUGAUAAAGAACCUUUGCGAACUUUAGUUGAAAGGAAGCCAUUGGAUAUAAAAGUUGAUGAGAAUAUUAAAAAAAAUCUACCUCCCUUGCGGCGUUGUGUCACACUACCCGACACCAGUUCAACUUUUCAUACAUCUAAUCAUUUUGGCUUCUCUGAAGUUGGAAAUCUUAUUGCAUGUACGCCAGCUCUUCGUCGUCGUCGUCAAAAUGAUAAAUCUGUUGAAGUUUUAAGUGAUCUGAAUCUUAGAUACCAGCAGUAUAAACGAAAUGAACUAAGACCUACAUCUGACUUAUUACUGAAUUCUCAUUCCAGAGGAGUACCAUCAUAUUUAUUAGGAGAGGUAAUUAGGCAGCCUAUUGAAAGUAGUGAUGAUACAGAAAAUAGUGAUGGACACAUGUGUAGUCAACAAACACAGCAACUGCCUCCUCCACCACCUCCUACAGCUCCACCUCCGCACUCUUCCGAAAACGAUGCCAGGUGUCGAAGGUUUAAACCUGUCACACAUCGAGCUACAGUCAACAAAGAUACGUGAGAUUUGGCAUCAAAAUAGUAUCCGUACAGUAACAUCAUCCUGAACUAAUAAAAUGUAAAAUAAUUACUCUUAAAUAAUUAUCGACGUAAUUUAUCAAAGCCAAAAACGUAUUGUGUGAUGCCUUUUCUAGGGUUAAAGUUGGAUGGCCAGAUAUCGAUAUAUGCUGAAAGAAAUGAUUAAUUGAAAUGAGACGGUAUAAGGUCAAAACUAGUAAAAAGUCACUAAAAAUUUUAAGAGCAACAUCUUUAGAUAUUUUAUAAUUGUGUUAGAUAUUUAAGAAAUAAAAAC